AUGUCGACGCUCUUUAGGCUCGUCGAGAUCUCGGGUGGACACAUCACCAUUGAUGGCAUCGACAUCUCCACCAUUGGCUUACACGACCUCCGGUCCAGACUAGCCAUCAUUCCUCAGGACCCUACACUCUUCAAGGGAACCGUCCGGAGUAACCUUGACCCAUUCAACGAGCACACGGACCUCGAGCUUUGGUCUGCGCUUCGGCAAGCAGAUCUCGUCCAGGACCAACCGCCGCCGACGGGCCAGGGUUCAAGCUCUGACAAUACCGGAGAGACGGCCAUUGUUCCCGCGGCGGCGGCGUCACCGAACCGUGACCAGCAACCGUCGGUGAGCCUCGACUCCGUUGUAGAGGAAGACGGACUCAAUUUCUCCCUCGGCCAGCGCCAACUCAUGGCCCUCGCCCGUGCUCUCGUUCGAAACAGCCAAAUCAUCGUUUGCGACGAGGCGACGUCUUCGGUGGACAUGGAAACGGACGACAAGAUCCAAAACACCAUUGCCACGGGCUUCAAGGGCAAGACCCUUCUCUGCAUCGCCCAUCGCCUGCGGACCAUUAUCGGCUACGACCGCAUCUGCGUCAUGGAUUCCGGCCGUAUCGCGGAGCUGGGUACCCCGCUGGAGCUGUGGCACCAAGGCGGCAUAUUCAAGGGUAUGUGUGAGAGGAGCGGGAUCAGGCUGGAUGAUUUGAGGGGAGCUGUGCGGGAGCUCAACGCGCCGGGUCACGAUGGGGAAUCUACGACGUCGGAUGGCUCUGAGAACGCCAAGGAUAACUUGGAAUAA